CCACCGAUAAUUUUCCACCUCUAACUUGGACUUAUACUACACAUAUCUUGCAUUAAAAGUUUUCAUAAAUUCAAUUAAUUAAAGGGGUCAUAAUAGGCGAAACAACAAGACUAAUUUUAAAUUGAUGGAUAUUAUACAUGUUUCAAUAAGAGUACCUGUUUUGUCUUGCAUUAAAAUUUGGCUGCUACCAUUUCUACAGAACAAAACGCCCUCCAUGUAGACAUGGUCUCGACACAUAAGCGCAUAUUUAUCAUCAUUUUUGUGUCCGUCGUAUUAUUUUUUUCGUUGAGAAUAUUAUGGAAUUGUCAUAUGCCAAUUUCCACUAAUCACCAUUUCUACAAUAUGACAGACAGAGCGUCAGUUAAAGUAGUCGUUACGGUGUUUUAUGAAGCUUUAUGUCCCGAUUCAAAGUAUUUUCUUACUAAGCAGGUGCUUCCUACUUAUAAGGUCGCUGAACGAAUUAUGGAGGUGCGUCUUGCACCUUAUGGCAAGGCGAGAACAAACCAAAUUAAUGACAGAAUAACUUUUGAUUGUCAACAUGGACCUACGGAAUGCCAAGCAAACAUUUACCACGCAUGCACUGUGGAGAUUAUUGAUGAUCCACUCCUGCGAUUACAAGUAGUCUCAUGUAUGAUUACAGAUAACUACUUACCUCAAAAUGCUAUGCAUAAGUGCUCUGUACAACAUAAUGUAGAGUUUGACGCCAUUCAAAAAUGUUUUGACAGUAAACAAGGCCUGGAUUUGCUAAAGCUAAACGGAGAUGCCACUCAAUCUUUAAGGCCUUCUGUAAAAUUUAUUCCAACAAUCACAAUAGAUGGGUUCCAAGGUAGACAAGCUGCCAUUUUAAAAGACUUGUUUUCUGAGGUGUGCAGGGCAGCUGGUGAUUCAGAGGAAGCGAAGAAUAUAUGCAAAACAAUAAACUAUUACUAACAAAUCA